GUUCUCAUUUGCCAGACGUCAAAGUAGUAUAAGAUAGGUUAAGUUGGAUAUUUCUUGCAAUUAAUCAUUACUCUUCUUCUUCUUCUUCUUCUUUUUUCUCUGCUGCUCUCGAUACACAAGCUCAAUAAGCAGUAUAUUUCUUGCACUUAUAUUUCUCAACACAUAAAUAAAGCAGAGCUAAUUUGUUGAAGUAAAAACCAGAAAGAGGAAAAUGGGUGUUAUUGACCAUAUCUCUAAUAUGUUUGACUGUUCCACUGGUUCUCACUCUAAGCACAAGAGACGCAAACAGUUGCAGACAGUGGAGGUAAAAGUGAAGAUGGAUUGUGAAGGUUGCGAGAGGAAAGUGAGAAGGUCCGUAGAGGGAAUGAAAGGAGUUCAAUCUGUCACAGUGGAACCCAAACAACACAAGCUAACAGUAGUGGGCUAUGUUGAUCCAGAGAAAGUCGUGGCCCGUGUUGCCCAUCGCACAGGUAAGAAGGCAGAGAUCUGGCCCUAUGUCCCAUACGACGUCGUAGCUCAUCCUUACGCGCAGGGCGUCUACGAUAAGAAGGCACCAGCUGGCUACGUGAGGAGAGUUGAUGAUUAUCAAAGUAACCAGCUCCAACGUGCCAGUUCUACUGAAGUUCGUUAUACCACUGCCUUUAGUGAUGAAAAUCCUGCAGCAUGUGUGGUCAUGUGAACUUAAUAUUCAUGCUAUUAUGUUACUACAUUAUGAACCUUGUACCAUAGUACUCGUUAUUGUUAAAUUUUGUAUUGCUUUUGUGAAGUUCUUACUUCUUAAGUUUUGAAAUUCA